GCUCCCGGCUGCUGCGUGGAGAGCGAGUCCCCUUCUGGAAUCCUGUCGCCCUCGAAUGUGGCCCGCAGCGUGCGCUGCGUAGAUGACAGGGCUGGUUCUACCUGAACCUUGCAUUUGGCCUCCAUGUGAAAUGAAAGUAGAAGACUCUAUCUACAUGUACGUUGCUGUUGGGUUGGGAUGCUGAUGCACUGGGCGUGCCUGGAGGGGCAAGCUCUGUCCUAGACAGCUGACUGUGGCACAGUCAGUGCUCUUCCUCCAUGUCCAGCGCCUCCCCCUGCUGCUGGAGUGAAGACCCCCUCCGGAACCCACCAGUACCCCCGCCGUGGGACACACUCUGCCUGCCGAGGAUGCCAGCCACCUAACUUCAUGCACCUGUCUGUGCCCUCGCCGUGGAUGCUUUGCCACCUGACAGCUCCUCACAUUCUUGUCCAGGCCCUGCGUCUGCUUCUGACAUGUCUCUGCUUCAUGCUUUGGGCCCAGUGCAGACCUGGCUGGGACAAGAGCUGGAGAAAUGUGGCAUCGAUGCCAUGAUCUAUACGCGCUAUGUCCUCAGUCUUCUGCUACACGACAGCUAUGACUAUGACCUGCAGGAACAGGAGAAUGACAUCUUCCUGGGCUGGGAGAAAGGAGCUUAUAAGAAAUGGGGAAAGAGUAAGAAGAAGUGUUCAGAUCUAACUCUAGAGGAAAUGAAAAAGCAGGCUGCUGUCCAGUGUCUUCGAUCUGCUUCUGAUGAAAGCUCUGGAAUCGAGACCUUAGUGGAGGAGCUCUGCUGCAGACUGAAAGACCUGCAGAGUGAGCAAGAAGAGAAGAUUCACAAAAAGUUGGAGGAGUCCCCCUCUCCAGAGGCAGAAUUGUCCCCCACAGCAAAGGAUCAAGUGGAGAUGUACUACGAAGCAUUUCCACCGCUUUCUGAGAAACCAGUUUGCCUGCAAGAAAUCAUGACCGUGUGGAACAAGUCCAAGGCCUGCUCUUACUCCAGCUCCUCUUCGUCAUCUACGGCACCCCCAGCAAGCACAGAUACGUCCUCUCCCAAGGACUGCAACAGUGAGAGUGAGGUCGUCAAGGAUAGAAGCGCCGUGCAUGAUAAAGCCCAGAGCAGAAGCAGACAGGAGAAGGAGAACAAACUGAGUAACGGCACUGCGGAAGAGAAGCCUGUCUUGUACAAAAAGCAGGUCCGACACAAGCUGGAAGGGAAGAUCCGCCCUCGCUCCUGGUCUUCUGGCUCUAGUGAAGGAGGCUCAAGUUCAAGUGGUAACCAGGGAGAAGUCAAAGCAUCCAUGAAGUAUGUUAAAGUCAGACACAAGGUGCGAGACAUUCGAAACAAGAAAGGGCGCAAUGGGCAAAGCAGGCUGUCCCUGAAGCAUGGGGAGAAGGUGGAGAGAAGUGUGCAUGUGAAUAGCAGCAGCAGCAGCAGCAGCAGCAGCAGCGGGUCCAUCAGGCAGCUGUGCAAGCGGGGUAAGCGGCCAGUGAAGGAGGCAGGGAGAAAAGAUCCUGGGAGCACUGGAGGAAAAGAGCUAUAUGCAGAGAGCAGAAGCAACAGGGAAUAUAAAGAGGAGCCGUUGUGGUACACUGAACCGAUUGCUGAGUAUUUUGUUCCUUUGAGCAGAAAAAGCAAACUAGAGACCACAUACCAAAACAGACAAGACGCGAGUGCUCUGACGCCAGAGGCAGUGGAAGACUUGUCUGAGUCAGUGCACGGUCUUUGUAUCAGCAACAGUAAUACUCACAAAACAUACCUCGCAGCAGGUACUUUCAUUGAUGGUCAUUUUGUAGAAAUGCCUGCAGUUAUAAAUGAGGAUAUUGACCUCACUGGGACCUCAUUAUGUUCUCUGCCAGAGGACAACAAAUACUUGGAUGAUAUUCAUCUGUCAGAAUUAACACACUUCUACGAAGUGGAUAUUGAUCAAUCCAUGUUGGAUCCUGGUGCCUCAGAAACAAUGCAAGGGGAAAGUCGGAUCUUGAAUAUGAUUCGACAAAAAAGCAAAGAGAAUACAGAUUUUGAGGCAGAAUGUUGCAUAGUGUUAGAUGGUAUGGAGUUGCAAGGGGAACGUGCAAUAUGGACAGAUUCUACCAGCUCUGUGGGUGCGGAGGGCUUGUUCCUGCAAGACCUUGGCAAUCUGGCUCAGUUUUGGGAGUGCUGUUCGUCUAGCUCUGGUGAUGCAGAUGGAGAGAGCUUUGGAGGAGACUCUCCAGUAAGACACUCUCCGAUCUUGGACAGCACAAUGCUCAAUUCACACUUGCUUGCUAGCAAUCAAGAGCUCUUUUCAGAUAUUAAUGAAGGAUCUGGUAUAAACUCUUGUUUUUCAGUGUUUGAAGUGCAAUGCAGUAAUUCUGUUUUACCAUUUUCUUUUGAAACACUCAACUUGGGAAAUGAAAAUACAGAUUCUAGUGCUAAUACAUUUGGGAAAACACAAUCUAGAUUGCUAAUAUGGACCAAAAAUAGUGCCUUUGAAGAAAAUGAACACUGUUCUAAUCUUUCAACAAGAACUUGUAGUCCGUGGUCCCAUUCAGAAGAAACACGUUCAGACAACGAGAUGUUGAACAUUCAGUUUGAAGAAUCCACACAAUUUAAUGCAGAUGAUAUUAAUUAUGUAGUUCCUCGAGUCUCGUCAAAUUACGUAGAUGAAGAACUUCUAGAUUUUUUGCAAGAUGAAACUUGCCAGCAAAACAGUAGAACUUUAGGAGAAAUUCCAACUUUAGUUUUCAAGAAAAGAUCUAAACUAGAAUCUGUCUGUGGUAUUCAGCUAGAACAAAAAACAGAAAACAAAAACUUUGAAACUACACAACUAUGUAGUGAAAGCAGUCCACAUGGAGAUGGCUACAGCUCAGGGGUUAUUAAAGACAUUUGGACAAAGACGGCAGAUAGAAAUUCUGUGGCUACAGUAGAAAUAGAAAGAAUUGACGAUGAGUUGUUUUCAAUAGAUGUAAAUAACUACUGCUGCUGUUUAGAUGCUGAUGCAAAAAUGGAUGCCCUCCAGGAGCCCAGUAGGGCAGUGCAGAGAUCCGAGUAUCACCUCUGGGAGGGACAGAAAGCAAACCUGGAGAAGAGAGCUUUUGCCUCCAGCGAGCUCUCUAAGGUGGAUGGUGGUGAUUACACCACACCCUCGAAACCUUGGGAUGUGGCCCAGGAUAAAGAGAAUGCAUUCAUUCUUGGAGGAGUCUAUGGAGAACUCAAAACCUUCAGCAGUGAUAGGGAAUGGGCAGUUGUGCCACCAGGCCACACAAAAGGAAGCUUGCUACAGUGUGCAGCUUCCGACGUUGUGACCAUAGCUGGGACAGAUGUCUUCAUGACUCCAGGAAACAGCUUUGCCCCUGGUCACAGGCAGUUGUGGAAACCCUUCGUAUCAUUUGAACAGAAUGAUCAGCCGAAGAGUGGGGAAAAUGGAUUAAAUAAGGGAUUUUCUUUUAUCUUCCAUGAAGACUUACUAGGAGCUUGUGGUAACUUUCAAGUUGAAGAUCCUGGACUUGAAUAUUCAUUUUCUUCCUUUGACUUAAGUAAUCCAUUUUCACAAGUUCUUCAUGUAGAAUGUUCAUUUGAACCUGAAGGGAUUGCAUCUUUCAGCCCUACUUUUAAGCCCAAAUCAAUCCUCUGCUCUGAUUCAGACAGUGAAGUAUUUCACCCUAGGAUAUGUGGUGGUGACAGGACACAAUAUAGAGCCAUCCGGAUCUCUCCCAGGACUCACUUCCGCCCGAUCUCUGCAUCGGAACUGUCCCCAGGAGGAGGAAGCGAAUCAGAGUUUGAGUCUGAGAAAGAUGAAGCCAGUGUUCCCAUUCCUCCUCAGGUUGAAGUAUUUGAAGAUCCACAGGCAGAUCUCAAACCUCUAGAAGAAGAUGCAGAAAAAGAAGGCCAUUACUAUGGAAAAUCAGAGCUUGAAUCUGGGAAAUUCCUUCCUAGAUUAAAAAAAUCUGGAAUGGAAAAAAGCGCUCAAACAUCACUAGAUUCCCAGGAGGAGUCAACUGGGAUUCUGCCAGUUGGAAAGCAAAAUCAGUGUUUGGAAUGUAGCAUGAGUGAAUCUCUGGAAAUAGAUUUAGAAAGCUCAGAAGCAAAUUGUAAAAUAAUGGCACAGUGUGAGGAAGAAAUUAAUAAUUUUUGCAGUUGCAAAGCAGGUUGUCAGUUCCCUGCUUAUGAAGAUAAUUCAGUUUCUUCGGGACAGCUAGAAGAGAUUGGGAAGAAAGAAAAAGAGGAAAGAAGCAAGAGUCUGCAUCAUAUCACUACCAUAUUCCUUCGCUUUCUAUUUCCUGGAUUGAACACUGAUGUACAAGAAAUGAGUAGAAGUCAAGAAAAGCAGACCUGGUGGGAAAAAGCCUUGUACUCUCCCCUUUUUCCUGCAUUGGAAUGUGAAGAAUGUUAUACAAAUGCCAAGGGAGAGAAUGGUAUAGAAGAAUAUCCAGAUGGUAAAGAAAUACCCAGUAAUGAAGAGCAUCUGUUAGAUUUUAAUAGGGUGUCUUCUGUCUGUGAGGCACGGUGCACCGGAGGGAGCAGGCCUGGGGCCCAGGCAAACGGCCUCCACAGGAAGACGCGCUCCAGUGCCAGCUCCGACCCUGGAGACUCAUGCUCUGACGGCAGUGGCGAGUGGGUGGGCGCUCGUGAGGAGGCGCUCUUCUCCCGGACUCACCUCUGACCUUGCACCUGGUGCGAGGGUUUUCUAAACACUGUGUGAUGGGAAACUGCCCCGUUGGGAGGCCUGUUCAUCUAAAGCAACAACAUAGGUUUCUUCGAAUAACUGAUUCUGAUCUGUGAUUCUCUUUCUUCUUGCUUAUUUUAGCAUUGAGGACAGCUAUCCUGUUGAAGACUUCUUUCCCAGCUGUGCAUUCUUGGCUAUUGAAUAGACUAGCUGUGCUGUCCGAUCCAGAAUGGGUGUGCAUGUGCUCGUCCUAGAGGUGUCGCUGCUCUUGCCUCGUAGCUGCAGGCCGCUCCCUUGCACUGUGAUGACAUCACUGUCAUUUGUCAGCACUGCGGUGCUGGCGCCACUUCUGCUGUUCAGAGACUUCAGCUUCGGAACAUGUAGCUCUGUUCUCUAAGCACUGGGAGAUCAUUGUCACCCUGCAGUGGGUCGGUCCUUUCUGGAGGUGGGAGGGAAGUGUGGGUGAUUCACCACCUCCAACACCCAUCCCAACACCCCACCCCCACAUCUCCGUGCAGUGGAAUUUCGCGAACCUGAAAGUAAGAGCCGCAAGGGUGUACGUGCAUUUAGAGAUGUUCAGAAUGCUGUGUUUUCUACCCUAAGAUUUCCCCCUGAAGUAUCAUGAGAUGCUAUGGUGGGUGUGUUUCUUGCUCACUGAGGGUGCCAAGGAUUCAGGGUGUGAGAUGGGGAUGCCUGCCCCACCUGCCCGGUGGCUGUCCCAGUGUGUCCACACUGAAAUGCAGGCAAGGCUCUCUGUGGAGUUGUGAACCUGGGGCAGGACCUUGGUUGCGGAUUGUGGCUUUUCCAGUGACUGUUGAAUUACAGUCUCCAAAACUUGAAAUGGUGAGCAUUGGAUGCCGGAUAAUGGGCCUGUCACCCUCCAGAAACCUUGGCUGCUGCAGCUGGCUGCUCGUGUGGUGUGGUUUGGUGUGAUGUAGCUGCUCUUGCCCUUGUCGGACAGGAUGUGCUGGGAAGUUCUGUGUGCUGUGGGCAGGCUGGCUAGAUUACUUCUCUGGUGGCCCCACCGUCGCUGUUCUGGUUGUCACCGUGUGUCUCGGUAACCCUGGGAAGUCGGUCUGUCUUUUGCUUUCGUACCUUCGCCUCCUCAAGCUCUUGUGAUACUGCAGUGGGGCCGCGCCAGGAGGGGCCAGCUCGGCAAAACCUAAACAUUUUAAGUGGUUCUUUUUAAUCAACAUCCUUUUAGAAAGCAUCUAAUCCAUGCAGUCAGUUGCGUUGUCUGUAACCUCAGGAAUGGCAGAGAAGCCUGCCGCGCCCAGGCAGACUCAGCAGUGGUCUCCCGGGCAACGAGCUGAACUGCCCGUGGUUCUGUGGUUUGCUUCGAGUCUUUGAGUUUGUCUCCUUUUUCUCAACUGGUAGCGCAGAAAGUGCUGCAAAGGCUGUGGGUGCUUGAGGUUCCAUGUUGUCACACUUCUCCCUGAGCAUCUGGGCUCCGUCCCAUUGCUUCUUAGAGUUUGCUUUUAUACCUAUAUCUUUGACACUUUACAGUGUGUGUGUGUGUGUGUGUGUGUGCGCAUGUGCGUGUGCGCAUGUGUGUGCGUGUGCACCAGUAAGUUUUUGUGUUGCUGUUAUUUAUUUACAGACAUCAGAUAAGUCGUUACGUAUUUUUCUUUCUUCUGGAGCUUCCUAAAAACUGGUUAGCAUCUGCACUGAGCUAUGAUGUAAUAGCAAAGGCGAAACAGAAGUGGAGGUUGUGAGUUCCUAGCAUCGCUGCGGCGACAGUUACCCUGGAAGUCGCUGCUGGCGAAGCAGAGGCCAGAUGAGCAGGCUUGAGACGCAGCCUGAGCUGAGAGGCUUCACCCGGAGGGAGGGCUACGGCGGCCACACAUGGACCUGCCAAGGGCGGGCGGGGUGGAGGAGGAACGCACCAAGGGAUGACUGUGCUGAUUUGUUUUCAUAAUUAAGCGGCUAAAGCUCAAAGACUUUCAGCAACAGUUGAAAGUGUGGUUUUUAGUUUUUGUGAAUGGAUGAUUACAAAAUGCAUUUUUAAAAAAAGUUGGCAAACGCUGAAAUGCACUGUGGUGUGAAGCGCAUUGCAUAUCCGUAGCACUGAAGUAUCAGUUUCCAUUCCUGGGCUGAGAUUUUUUUUUCCCGUGGUUGUAUUGUUCUGAUUUCACGUACACCAGAAUAACAGAUUUUUUGUUUCUUGUGGAGUUAACACCAAAU